AUGAUAAGAAGAUAUUGGAACAUUAAUUUGGAAGAGAUGAUGAAAGCAGGAGUUCAUUUUGGUCAUGGUACUAGAAAAUGGAAUCCGAGAAUGGCACCUUAUAUCUCUGCAAAGCGUAAGGGUAUUCAUAUUACAAAUCUUACUAGAACUGCUCGUUUUUUAUCAGAAGCUUGUGAUUUAGUUUUUGAUGCAGCAAGUAGGAGAAAACAAUUCUUAAUUGUUGGUACCAAAAAUAAAGCGGCGGAUUCAGUAGCACGAGCUGCAAUAAGGGCUCGGUGUCAUUAUGUUAAUAAAAAAUGGCUCGGCGGUAUUUUAACGAAUUGGUCCACUACAGAAACUAGACUUCAAAAGUUCAGGGACUUGAGAAUGGAACAAAAGACAGGUAGACUCAACCGUCUUCCGAAAGGAGAUGCGGCUCGGUUGAAGAGACAGUUAGCUCACUUGCAAACAUAUCUGGGUGGGAUUAAAUAUAUGACGGGGUUACCCGAUAUUGUAAUAAUCGUUGAUCAGCAAGAAGACUAUACGGCUCUUCGGGAAUGUAUCACUUUGGGAAUCCCAACGAUUUGUUUAAUUGAUACAAACUGUGACCCGGAUCUCGCAGAUAUUUCGAUUCCAGCGAAUGAUGACGCUAUAGCUUCAAUCCGACUAAUUCUUAAUAAAUUAGUAUUUGCAAUUUGUGAGGGUCGUUCUAGCUAUAUACGAAAUCCCUGAUUAAUAAUAAGAUAGAGUAAUAAUAAGA